AUGCGCCGGGGGCUCCGCGGUGGGGCUGCGCCUGAACCACGCGCAGGUGCUGGCCACACACAACUCCUACCACGUCGCUCCAGCGGGUUCUGUGGUCGAGCAGUCUGGGCGCAACCCCACGCCUUACCGCACCCAUCCCUGGACACCCAGCUCGACCGCGGAGUCCGUUCCUUCGAGCUGGACGUCUUCUACGACGCCGACGCCGAUACGCUCAGGGUGAUGCACGUCCCUGGAAGCGACGAGGUGUCCAACUGUGCGACGCUGCUGGACUGCCUGCAGCUCGCCAGCGGCUGGAGUUCCGAGAACCCCGCGCACUUCCCCCUGCACUUCUACAUCGAAGUGAUGGGCGGGGUGGAGAUGUCCGACGCUUCUGAGUGUGCGUACUCGGACGCGGAGCCCGCGGCCCCCUCAUCGAAGAGCAGUGCGUUGGGUCCGUGGCAUCGCAGUGCGCAGGCGCUGUGCAGUCGGGCUGCGUGCCCGAGCUCCUCGCGGUCGUCGCAGGCAACGCGCAGUGCCAGUCGCUCCUGGCCUGCCUCGUGGAGGAGGUGA